GAGUAUCGAGUCAUGUGACCUCCGGUGAGGUUCGGAUCAGAAAUUUCAAACAAAUAUGGCGGCCGCUCAGUGUCAGUGGAGUGAAGAGAUGGAGAGACUCCUCAUCUGUUUUUACACCGUUGCCCGUUGCCAGCAACUUUGCUCGGCAACAUUGCCCAAAAAGUUGCCCCGUGUAUCAUCACCAUCAGUGGAGUGAAGAGAUAGACUCAUCUGUUUUUACGCCGGAGUGAAAUUAAUUCCAGCAGAAGAGAUCAGUGUCUGCAGGAAUCAGCAGUGAGUCCAUGAGCUGUGUGUCCAUACACUAAUAUUCAAAAAUGGAGAGCUGUGAUCUGGACACAGAUAAUGUGACCCCACCCUCAGAAAAGCGAGCUCACAAAGAUCCUCGACACAUUCACUGAAGACUAUCAGGACAUCAAGCAUAAACAAAGAAGCCAUGGAUUCCCAAAUUGCAAAGAAAAAUCAAAGCCUCACCACAGCUGAGGAGAUGAGAAACCAAACCAAGCUUGUGAUGCAGCCAUAUGCCAACUGGGAGGAGUAUCUGACUCCUGCUCCUCUCUCCAUAGCCAUCCUGGGAGAGCUGGUCUUUAUCUCCUCUAAAACAGAUUUCUCCAUUAACAAGAACCCACCUAAAGGUGGCUACCAGUUCAUCAGAUACCCAGAUUCAUUUAGAGCCUGCCUCAUGCAAGUGUGUAACUCUGGCUGGAGGGCUUUCAAUGAGGCCCAUAAGAACAUGGAUCAGAUUCGACUCCACACCAUGGCAGUUCCAGAUUACAUGAAGACAGCUGUGAAGAUCCUGUUCCAAGGAAAUGAUGAGGUUGUUCAAGCCCAUCUCCCUGACCAGCUGGAGAACAUUCGUAGCAUUGCAGUUGACUGUGAAAAGCUGGCUAAUUCAACACAAGAGCGGUUCACUGAUGUCAUCAAUAUUAUCCAAGAGCUGCUGGAAGCAUGUGUAAAUGCUCAGUACUUUUAUGGGGAAGAGCUAGAUACUAUCAGGAAGACAAUAGACGAGGCCAAGAUGAGGAAACAGUCAUCAGAAGACGCUCGUAAUCGCUCAGAGAAAGCAAUGAAGGAUAUGGAGCAGCAACUUAAAGAAGCACAUGAAAGUUACAAGGAAACAAUGGAUUCAAUGCCCGAUGGCUGGGGAAUGAUGGCUAUGGAUUUUGUCGGAGGCUUGACUGAGAGCAUGACAAGUCUUGUUAAUGGAGUAAUUGCCGUGAUUACUCAGCAAGUGAUCCAUGGCUGUAAAGCUUCCACAAGAAUUUCUAAUGUGAAUAAUGAGAUGAUUACAGGUCAAGAAUCUGCUAUUGAUGCUGUUGACGCAAUUAACAUUUAUAGUAAGUCUGCAGAAAUCCUGACAUCCACUGAGCAACUUCAAGAGUUUGUGCAGGACAACACGAUUAACUGGAAAGAGUUGUAUGAUCAAAAGAAGAAAGCUACAAAAACAGUUUUCCAGGAAAAUCAGUUUAAAAGAAUCAAGAAGAAUUUAGAACAAAUCCCAAACUGCAAGGCAAAAGAGGAUGCCCAAAACACAUGUGAUGAAGGCAUUGCAAUCUGUGCAAAACUAGCAAAGUAUGCACCAGACGGGAAAUGUGAAGAUGCCAAAACAAAGAAGCUGAUUGAAAGAAUAAGAAAACUGACUGAAUCAGCUCGCUCUUUUGACAGCAAAAGUAAAGACAUUACAAAGUCUCCUGCCCUGACUCCCAAACCACCAAUGAUGUAUAAAGAAGAAAGUAAAUCUGAGAAAAUGAGUGCUUCACAAUGGGAAUCACUGAAUGCAAGAUUCAAAAUAGAACAGAGCCGUGCUCAACUGAACACGACCAGAGAGACCUAUGAGAAGUGUGUAGAGAACAUGGAGAAGAACCAAAAGGAGCUGACUGAAAUCCUGAUCACUUUGAGAAGCUGUGAGGUCAAAGAGGUCGACUUUAAGACCACUAUAGAAAUGCUGGUCAAAGGUAUGGAUGCCAUGGGGAGAGUGAAGGAGCAGUGGGAGAAGAUGGUGUGCUUCUUUCAGAUGGUGUCCAGCAUCGUGAAAACCAGCCUGACCAGAACUCUUCAAAACUUUGUCACCACAUCUGAGAAGACACAAGCACUUUCCUACAACGCAAAGCUCUUCUCCAAAGAUCUGCUCUACAAGCAAGCCUUUCAAGCCUCUAACAUUGCCAGCCUCGUCCACAUGAUCUCAGCAACCUACACCGAUGUGUCCGCCAAGCACCUCAUGGAUCGUGUCAGUUCUCUGGGAAAACUGAUGGCCAUGGACAAGGAAAAGCCUGAAUUUGAGUUGGAGCGUCAGCGGUUACAGAACUCCUGUGAUGAGGCUCAGAAAGCCAUCUUACACCUUGUCAUCAAGAACAAGGAGGAGUUUGAAAGAAAGAGUAUUGCAAGGAUGGAGAAGAUCGACAAAGAACUGCUCGCCAUUCUCCCUGCUGCUGCUCCAGAGGAGAUAAAGAGCAUUGAAAAAGCUGCGAAAAGUGGAUUCACAAAGGAAGAUGAAUCAAACUACGCCUGAGUGAAUGAACAAAGAAAAAUCCUAUCUGUCUCCAAUCAUAUCCAAUGAAAUACCAGAAACAUUAAACAAAUGUAUUAUAGUGAUCACAUUAUUACUAUUCAGGUUUUUUGUAAAAUGUGUUUGAAGGAAUUACUUCACUUAAAUGCAGAGGAGGUGAUUUUGCAGAAAUCAGCAACAUUAAGUGAUAAGAUUAAUAUUUGCUGCGAAUCUGUUUCUCUUCCUUUCAUAACACACAGGAUGCUCCAACCAGCACACAAAUCUGCUAUUGUCUUAUUCUUCUUCUGCUCUCAAUGUCUACUUCUUACUUGGUAGUGCUCUGAACUCUGGUUUCUAUUGCUGUGCACAUCAUUUAUCUGCCACUGUGUCUUAAGCAAUCGUAAGAAUAUAUGCAUUUCUUUGUCGUGAAUUCACCAAUCCUGUUUGUCUCACCACACCCUUAAGUGUGAAUAUAUACUCAUGUUUGUCUUUCAAUAAACUGAGAAACAUCUCUGAA